AUGAACCGCGGCUCUAUCGUGAAGGACGAUGUCGAGAUUGUCGAUCAAACUUCUCAUGUCGAAGACAUUCCCAAGCCUUCUCCGAUCACUCAGGUCGGAGACUUUCGUGUUGUCGGUUUGACGUCCGACGAUGCAGAUUUCUAUAUCAACUACCCGGAGGAGAAACGAAAAAAGGUCUUCCGCAAAGUUGAUAAUCGUUUAAUCCCCAUGCUCGCAGUGCUAUACCUGAUUUGCCAUAUUGAUCGUGCAAAUAUCGGCAAUGCUAAAAUCGAAGGCAUGGUCGAAGAUCUUAAGAUGACUGGGUUGCAGUAUAAUACUGUUCUUUCUAUAUUCUUCAUUCCCUACGUCCUCUUCGAAGUUCCCAGUAACAUUGUUCUCAAAAGGUUCAAGCGCCCUUCAGUGUACCUUGGCCUCCUUGUCUCAACCUGGGGUGUUGUCAUGACAUGCACAGGUCUGGUUCAGAACUUUGCUGGUCUUAUGGCCACUCGAGUCCUACUUGGCAUUUUCGAGGCCGGAUUCUUCCCUGGUGCUAUUUACCUUUGCUCCUACUGGUACAUGCCUAGGGAAUUGGCGCUUCGUAUCUCAUACUUUUAUUGUGCCAGUGCGCUGUCUGGUGCAUUCUCCGGCCUGUUGGCUGCCGCUAUUGCCGAGAUGGACGGUACUGCUGGCCUUGAGGGGUGGCGGUGGAUCUUCAUUCUGGAGGGCCUUGCCAGUGUGGUACUAGGUGUUGCUUGUUUCUUUCUUCUCAUCGAUACCCCGGCUUUAUCCAAGCGCUGGUUGUCUCUCGAAGAAAUUCGCUACCUGGAGCUUUCAAUGUUCAUCAAGCAGGGAGGAACUAGUACCGGAGAGUCGGGCUUCAAGUGGAGAGACCUCAAGGUGGUCCUGAUGAACUGGAGGAUAUACGUGCUAAGUUACUUUUUGUUUUGCCAGUCGGCCUUGUCUUAUGGUACCAAGUUCACUCUCCCGACUAUCACCAAAGCCAUGGGGUUCAGCUCCACGAACGCCCAGCUCACCUCUGCGCCUCCUUAUAUUGCCGGCGCGAUAUCUGCUGUCGUGUUUGCACGGCUCUCCGAUCGCUUCUAUUGGCGAAUGCCAUUUGUCUGCAUUCCUAUGAUUAUUGUUGUGGUAGCCUAUUCUAUUAUUAUGUCCCUGAACGGAGAGCUUGAAGCAAAGAAAGGAGUGGCCUACUUUGCGGUCGUCUUGUCUGUCAUAGGUAUUUACCCCAUCCAGCCCGGAGCUGCAUCUUGGAAUGCAAACAAUAUUGCCCCAGCAUCCCGACGGGCUAUGGGCAUCGCACUAGUGAACUGCGUCGGCAAUAUCGGUGGCAUACUGGGCAGCUUCAUGUAUAUUGAGAAGGAGAGCCCUAAGUACACAACUGGAUUUGGCCUCAGUUUGGCGCUCGGUGGGGUUGGAUUCUUUGUUGCAUUGUUCCUCGAAUGGACAUACAAGAUGGGCAAUGCAAGGAAAGCACGAAUUGCCGAUGAUGCGAGAGUUAACUACACUGAGGAUCAGUUGUUCGAUAUGGGAGACAAGUCGCCACUGUUCAAGUAUGUGUUGUAA